UAAUUUAUACUUAUUUGAGUUCAAUGUUUAUACUUACGUUGCAAGACGUAGAUCCGGUUACAAUAUUUCAACCGUUGAAGCGUGCAACUCAUUUCACCAGGUUUGAGUUUGAGUUUAAAAACAAAUCUGUUGGAACAGUUCACGAAUGUUCAUACAAACAAAUUGCUUCGAAGCAAGUGUUAGUUUUGCAUGCUGUAGUACAUGAAAAAGUUUUUCAAAUGCAUGCAUUAUUUAGUAUUUCUAAAUGCAAUGAAUAUUACGUGGAUUGUAUAAAUGUUAUAUCUUAUGAAAUAUGUGAAUUGUGCUCAAAAUUACAAUUGCUAACCCAUUUUAUUGUGUUUAAAAAUACUAAGGAAACUUUAACUACAUGUCCAAUAGUGGGUGAAUACCGUUACAAGAACAUGACGAUUGAGGCUGAUAAGUUUGGGUCUAUAUUUAGUAUUCCGACUGAAAAAUGGUGGGAAUAUUAUUGGAAAAUCAAUGUUAUAUUAUACGAUACACAGAAAGCAGAAUUUGCUUCUACAAAUCUUGACUUUCACUUUAUACAGUAUAGAAGCCGAAAUCGAAAACACCAAAAAAAUAUAACAUAACAUAUUAUAAUAUUAUGAUAAUUAUUACAUUUUCACUAAAGAUGUGUUUAUUGCAUUGAUAAAUUAUACCUU